AUGGCGAGCUCAAAUAGUCCUGGGCAGGGCAAUGACGCGACCCGCGACGAUGCCCCACUAGCACAGCAACAUGCGCAAACGCACACCAACGCACCCUCGAGUUCUCAAAACAGCUCAGACAUCAACCGUGUUCCCGCCCACGACGCACCGAGUCUCGAGAACCCACCACCCGCGUACACGGAGUUGCCAGGACAAGUCGACAAUGAAGAGCUGGGCACAAAUGCAGUCGUGGCCGACGAUGGUCGUGUCAACAUUCGAAUAGACCAAAAGAGCCGUGCCCUUUCGCAGCUCAUCCUCCCACAGAUCCAGCGUCAGCUCACACAUGCACAAGAAGACCCCGAGCCGCCUCCACCUUACGUCCCAGAGUUCCUCGGCGGUGCACCCGGCCAGCAGCCUCCACCCCCGCUAAACGUCGUCAUACAAGUCGUGGGCUCUCGUGGUGAUGUGCAGCCAUUCGUCGCACUAGGCAAGGUGCUCAAGGAAACAUACGGCCACAGAGUGCGUUUGGCGACACACCCGACCUUCAAGGAUUUCGUCAUUGAAAAUGGAUUGGAGUUUUUCAGCAUCGGCGGUGAUCCAGCCGAACUCAUGGCGUUCAUGGUGAAGAACCCGGGCUUGAUGCCCGGCUUCGACACAUUGCGCAGUGGUGAUAUUGGCAAGAGGAGAAAGGGUAUUGCAGAGAUUCUGAGCGGCACAUGGAGGUCCUGCAUAGAGACAGGAAACGGUCUCGGCGUAGAUCCUCUCCAGCAAACGGUCGAAGAGUGGAUGGGCAUCGAGGAACAACUGCCAGAACAACUGCGGAAGCCAUUCGUCGCCGAUGCAAUCAUCGCAAACCCUCCCAGCUUCGGACACAUACAUUGCGCCGAGAAGCUGGGCAUACCUAUACACAUGAUGUUCACUAUGCCAUGGUCCCCUACGCAGCAAUUCCCGCAUCCGCUUGCCAACAUCCAAUCUACAAACGCAGACCCAACGAUUACAAACUACAUGUCAUAUAUCAUGGUCGAUGUGCUGACAUGGCAAGGCCUGGGAGAUGUCAUCAAUAGGUUCCGCAAGGACAGUCUUCGCCUGGACCCCAUCAGCGGAGUUUGGGCACCUGCUAUGCUCGCGCGACUGAAGGUCCCUUUUACAUAUUGCUGGUCUCCAGCACUCAUUCCAAAACCCAAGGAUUGGAACCACCACAUCUCUGUUGCAGGCUUCUACUUCCUCAACCUCGCUUCAAACUACACACCAGAUCCAGACCUUGCAGCUUUUCUCGAUGGAGGCGAGCCACCCGUUUACAUCGGAUUUGGUUCAAUCGUCGUGGACGAUCCAAACGCCAUGACUAAGAUGAUCUUCGAUGCUGUGAAGAUCACUGGAAAGCGAGCCUUGGUAUCUAAAGGCUGGGGUGGGUUGGGAGCUGAUGACCUUGGAAAGCCUGAUGGUGUUUUCAUGCUUGGGAACUGCCCACACGACUGGCUAUUCAAGCGCGUUUCUGCUGUCGUGCAUCAUGGUGGUGCCGGGACUACAGCAGCCGGUAUCGCAACCGGAAAGCCUACCGUUGUUGUGCCAUUCUUUGGAGACCAAGCCUUCUGGGGGGCCAUGGUAUCAAGGGCAGGCGCUGGGCCUGAUCCCAUCCCCUACAAAGAUCUCACUGCAGAGAAGCUCGCUGGAGCUAUUAGUGAGGCGCUUAAGCCGGAAUCACUUGACCGGGCCCAAGAACUUUGCGACAAGAUCAAGCAAGAGAACGGGACGCAGAAGGGUGCCCAGUCCUUCCAUCAGAUGCUGAACUACGACGAAUUGCGAUGUGCUAUCAUGCCGAACAAACCUGCGGUCUGGAGGCUCAAACGUACUGACGUUAAAUUGAGCGCCAAAGCGGCUACAGUACUGGCCCAACAAGGCGAAGUGAAUUUUUCCGAAAUGAAACUUUAUCGCCCUCGCGAGUAUGUUCCGGAUGAGGGCCCUUGGGAUCCAGUCUCUGGUGCAGCUGGUGCUCUAAUGGGCACUGCAACUUCGGUCAUGAUGGGUGUUGCUGACAUGCCUAUUCAGACCCUCAAGUUGCUCAACAUUCACCCUGAUGCUAGAUCUAAAAAAGGAAAAGAGAAGAGAACGGGCACUGGAACAUCUUCAAUAGGUGAAGGAAGUAGCAGUGGGCGUCCGGUGACAACACGAAGUGGAACUGGUGCCUCCGAGCGCUCAGGCAGAAGUGGUGCCUCGACGCCAACGGCUGCCGAUGCUGCUGCUGACAUAGCCCGGAUGCAGGCCGACAAUCCAGCAGUCACUAGCCCCGGCUCUCCUGGCUCGAGAUCACGAUCUAGAAGUCGUUCUAGAUCUGCGGCUACUUCGACGGCUCCCUCUAACACAGCGCCUAAACCGUCCAUGGCAGAGAACGUCGAUUCUGCGGUAGACACUGGAAAGGGUUUAGCUAGGAUCAUUGGUGCUGGCUUCAAGUCUCCAAUGGACUUCUCUCUUAACGUUGCCAAGGGGUUUCACAACGUACCGAAGCUCUACGGAGCUGAAGUACGACAGGUCGACAAAGUUACUGACUUUCAGAGCGGCAUGCGGACAGCUGCCAAGGAAUUCGGCUAUGGUCUAUAUGACGGUAUAACCGGCAUCGUUACGGAUCCUUAUAAAGGCGCCAAGAAGGAAGGUGGUAUUGGCUUUGUCAAGGGAGUUGGACGCGGUAUUAUGAGCGUUCCAUUCCGGGUCAUGGGUGGUGCUUGGUCUGUGCCCGGCUAUGCUAUGAAGGGACUUUACCAGGAAAUGGUCAAGAGCAAGGGAAAGAGUGUACAGAAUUACAUCAUCGCAGCGCGCAUUGCACAGGGAUACGAUGAAGCAUCCGAGGUGACGCAAGAAGAACGUGACGAGAUCGUCAAGACUUGGGGCCACAUGAAAUGGGGCAUCAAGAAGAAGCGGAACGUCGGAGCUGAGCAAAUGGACUCGCUUCAUUCACUGGUCCAGCAGAAGAGAGACAAGAAGAAUGAGCGCUCUGCCAGGCUCAGUUCGCAGACUGGUGGUCCUGGAGUUCAGCAAUCGGCACACGCAAACUCUAUUCUGCAAGGCAGCAUAGCAGGUCCAUACCCUGAUCCACCAAGAAGGCGUGGUGUCGAGCCAGAAAUUCGGUCGACAGUUCCUAGUUGGCGUCAACAAGAAGCCGAACGAACACGUGCUUUGAGGCGACAGGACACUACCACUUCGAGUUCCCCGUCGGUCGCACCAUCCCAGCAAUCGCAGGCUGAUCUUGAGGCACAGCUCAGGGCGGAAGAAGAAGAAGAUCAGCGUGAACUAGAGCGAGCUAUUGCCGCAUCAGUUGCAGAGUCCUCUCGAGGAGACCCUGAGGAAGACCGACUAAUCGCCUCUGCUAUUCGUGCAUCAAUCGCUGAACUCGAACGUGCUCCAGCCGGUAGCAACCCCUCGCAGCAGGAUGAAGAGGAGGCACUACACCGCGCCAUGACUGCCAGCAUGGAAGAAGCCGGCAAACUCAACGUGACUGAAGAGGAGCAAAAGGCGUUCGAAGAAACAUUGAGGAAGAGCCUACUCGAGACGAGCAAGAAAAGACAGGUUGGCAGCGAUAACGAAUGGGACUCUGAUGCCGAUACGGAAGACGACGAAGAUUACAAACGUAUCAUCGCCGAGUCUAAGCAACUCGCUCAUGUCCACGCGAACCACCCGGGUGAGUACGCCAACUCAGCUCAAGGCGCACAGCAGGAGCGUGGAGUUAUGGAUGCCAUGAGCCAGGCUAUUGGUGCCGCAGAUGAUGACGAAUAUGAAGAUAGGAGUCAUAGGAUAGAGAUGCGAGAUGAUGACCAUGAGGAUGAUGACGCGGAGCUCAAAAGAGUAAUGGAAGAGAGCGAGAAAGCGGAGAAUGAGCGUAUGCAGAAGCUGGAGAAGCAGAAGACGGAGGAGGAUAUCGUCAUGGAGUAUGUUCGGCAACAGAGUUUGCUCGAAGAAGAACAUAGACAAAGGGUGGCCAACGGGAGGGACGCAAAUGGAGGAGGGAGUAGCGCCGGUGCCGGGAGGUAG